AUGAAAACUCUGCUCGUCUCACUUUUGCUAACGAUCGCGCUCGGCAGCGUAGAGCCACGCAUACUCGAUAAAUGCUCGCUGACACGCGAACUGGCCGGGUUGGGUAUACCACGUGCCAAUAUACCCAAUUGGGUGUGCAUCGCACAAUACGAAAGUAAUUACAACACCGCCGAAUUGGGACCACCAAAUCCGGAUGGUUCGCGCGAUUGGGGCAUAUUCCAUAUAAACGAUCGUUAUUGGUGUGAUCCUGGUGAUGGGCGACCCAGUGCAAAUACUUGUCAAGUAUCUUGUCAAUCGCUCAAUACGGACGAUAUAGCGGCAGCUGUGACGUGUGCACGACAAAUUAUACGUACGCAGGGUUUCGCAGCUUGGAAUACGUGGAAUAAUAAUUGUGGCGGAGGGGCGAAUGUACCGAGCAUCGAUGAUUGUUCUUGA